AUGGGGGCCCUGCACCACGUGGCAGUGACCAGGGCCACUCACGGCAAUGAGACAGCUAGUGCCUACCUGGCCCGGCACUGGCUGCGGGUCCCCGGGGAGGGGCAGAGACUCAGCUUCUCCACCAUGCCUGUGCUGCUGGCCAACCUGGUGGCCUCAGCCGCCUGCUGCCGCUACGUGGGCCAUGACCUCAGUCAUGCCUUCACCGCGUCCUUCCUCAGGGCCAGAGACCUGAACCAGCUGCUGGGGCCCAAGGCCUCGGGCCGGGCCUCACUUAUCCCAGACCUUCACAACACCACGGACUGAGAUUUUGAGCCACUGCGGCCUGGCGCACCCAUCUUCCAGAUGUUCAGCGGUGAGGACGUGCUCUAUGAGGGGGAGUCCACCAUGGACCCUGUGUUCAUCAACGAGCUUGCCUACUACGAGGAGGGCAUUGCCUUCCUCCAGACUGAGAAGCUCACGUUCUCCGUGCCUGCCCUGCCCGCAGUGGCCUCCACCCCGCCAGGGUCCCUGAUCCAGGCCACAUCUGCCCGGCAUCAGCCCUCCCUUCUGAACAGGGGGUCGUGA